UACGCAGUUUGAUUCUUUUCUUUACGUCAAAAACGCCAGUCGAGACGUUUUCAAAAUGGGUAAGGUUAAGUGCUCCGAGUUACGCACGAAAGACAAAAAGGAGCUGUUCAAGCAGCUCGAAGAGUUGAAAACAGAGCUGACAAAUUUGCGUGUCGCCAAAGUAACUGGUGGAGUGGCGUCCAAACUAUCCAAAAUACGGGUGGUGAGGAAGGCGAUUGCCCGCGUUUACAUUGUGUACCACCAGAAAAUGAAGGUCAACCUCCGAAAUCACUAUAAAAACAAGAAGUACAAGCCUUUGGACUUGAGGACCAAGAAGACUCGUGCUAUGCGCAAGGCCCUUACAAAGCACGAAGCUAAAAUUAAGACCAGGAAAGAAAUCAGAAAGAAAUCUCUUUUCCCUCCUCGUGUUUAUGCUGUUAAGGCUUAAAUAAAAAAUUUAGUAUAAAGUUGC